AGAACUGUCAUUGUCAACCUUGUAAACACUGAUUUCAUUUCAACGUGAUAACAAAUGUGUUCAUGGAUAUUCAACCUGGAUAUUUUUGCUGGUGUUGUCUUUAUACAAUGAGCAAAAUGUCACCCGAUGAAAAAAUAAAUAGACUAUGGGUCACUAUACUAUUCUUUUGACAUGAACCUAUUGUUGUUUUUGAAUUUGCCGUACGUCAUCUCCAACUCCAAUCCUGCCUCUGUCCUAAAUCCAGGCGCCAGGUAGUUGUGAGAACUCAUUGGCAGGUGUACUCGUCCAAUCAGCACCAUUUAGUUUCAGCCCCGUUGCCCCUUGCCUGCACCACAUCCCAGUCCUCUGGGUUCCAGAACGUUGACGCACACAUUUCGCCUCAUAUUCUUCCUGACACGAAACGCAGCUCCGCGGAUCAGGCGUCGCGUCACUAACUCAAAAGGUGCUCAAGGUUCCCGCUCAGAACAUCGGUCCAGGAGGGGGCACUACCGUAGGUUAACCGUUGGUGCUCACUAUGCCUUUUUGAAGGGGUACCAUUGUGACUGGCUUAAAGAGUAAGUUACAAGAUAUAUUCUGUUUUUUUUUCUGGAUUUCUAUACGUGAAGUGAGGAAGAUGUUUUCGUCCGCGGGUAAACGCUGUUUUACGAUAGAAUCAUUGGUGGCCAAAGAAAACCCUCUAACUACGGAAGAUCCCAUCCGACCGACGGCUUUGACGUAUUCCAACCCCACUGACGCUUUCAUGAACGGGUACCAGAGUCCCACCGGCAGGUCUCUGUAUCAGAACCCGGAGCUGGUGUUCCCUGAGUCAGUCAACCACCCAGGGCUGACCAUGAACCCCCACCAGCUAGGAGGGGGCCACCUACAACACCCUGCACACUUCUUUGGGACGCAACACCGAGACCCUCUUAACUUCUACCCAUGGGUUUUACGGAACAGGUUCUUCGGACACAGAUUUCAAGGAAAUGAUGUUUCCCAAGAUAGCAUGCUCCUUCACGGCCCGUUCGCCCGGAAACCCAAGCGGAUCCGCACCGCCUUCUCCCCGUCGCAGCUCCUGCGGCUUGAACGGGCGUUCGAGAAGAAUCAUUACGUCGUAGGAGCGGAGAGGAAACAGCUGGCCAACAGUCUGAGUCUGUCUGAAACACAGGUGAAGGUGUGGUUCCAGAACAGGAGGACUAAAUACAAGAGACAGAAGCUGGAGGAGGAGGGGCCUGACUGUCAUCAGAAGAAGAAAGGAAACCACCACAUCAACAGAUGGAGGCUUGCCACCAAGCAGGGCAGCUCAGAGGACAUUGAUGUCACCUCUGAGGACUGAGAAUACCCCCCCCCCCCCACUCCCCCUUAUGUCCCCUUCCUCCUACUCCCAUGGCCUCCUACACCCUUCUACCCUCCUACUCCCCUGCCCCCCCCCUCCCCACAUUCCCUGGCCUCCUACACCCUUC